AUGGCGGCGGAAAUUGUCAUCUGGUCGUCUCUCGGUGGCAUCGGUGGCAUCGGUGGCAUCGGUGGCAUCCCCGUCGAUCCCCCGUCGAUCCCCUGGACUCCCCCGCCCCUGGAGCUUGCCGCCCAUGUCAGCUUGGUAGCGGCCGUUUUUGUCCGACUCGGAGAGCUGCUCCCUGCCUGCUUGUCGACAUUUGCGGUGACGAAGCACAAGUCAGCUAGCGGCAUUGCCACUUCUUCCCUCGGCAUCCUUCACGAAAACGCAGUGCAGCCAGCCAGCCAGCCAGCCAUGGGUUGGAGUUUUCGGCUUGCGGCCUUGGCAGGCCUCGCCCUCCUCCCCUUGUGCCUCUGCGCCACGGCGCCAGACUCGAAUGCCCGCCGCCGAAGCCCCGGACCUGACCGGGACGGCAAGUAUUGGAUCUACGGCGACGGCGUAUACGCCUCCUUCAUCGCGUACGGGGCAUCCGUCUCCAACCUGUUCGUCAAGGACCAGUACGGCAUCGACCGCGACGUCGUGGCCGGCUUCGACAACGCGUCCUACUACGGCCUGGACAGGCUGCAUCCUCAUUUUGGCGGAGUCCCGGGUCGCUAUGCCAACCGCAUCAGGAACUCUACCUUUGCCAUCGACGGCCAGACGUACCACGUCACGCCCAACGAGAACCCGACCAGGGACAGCCCCGGCGGCGUAGACACCCUGCACGGCGGCCCCGACGGCUGGGACUGGCGCAACUUCACCGUCGUGUCUCACUCCGACAGCAGCAUCACCUUCUCCAUCGUCGACCCGGACGGCAAGGAGGGAUUCCCCGGCCAGGUCGUCUCCCUCAUCACCUACGUACUCAACGGGAGGGACUGGGACCUGAGCAUGGUUGCCCAGGCGACGACCAAGAAGACGCCCAUCAUGCUCAGCAGCCACACGUACUGGAACCUGGACGGGUUCGCCAACAACCAGACCAACACGGUCUUGAACCACACCCUGCACAUGCCCUACGCGGGGACGCGCAUCGGCGUCGACAGCAUCCUGGUCCCCACGGGAGACAUGCUGGCAAACAAGAAGGGCGGCGUCAACGACUUUUGGAGCGAGCCGAAGCAGAUUGGCGCCUCUUUUGGCGACGAGGACCUCGAGGGCAACUGCGGCUUGCACUGCGUUGGUUAUGACACUUGCUACAUCAACAACCGCGGAGCCAUGGGCCCAUACGACUGGCGCAAACAAGGCCCCGUCGCCACCCUGUCGUCGGCCUGGUCCGGCAUCCGGCUCGACAUCUACACCGACCAGGACGCCUUCCAGCUGUACUCUUGCAACGCACAAAACGGCACCGUGGCCCUCAAGAAGACGCAGGGUGUGCGGGGCCAGGGCGACGACAAGCACCGGUUUCCGCGCACCAUCCCCAAGUACGGGUGUCUCGUGCUCGAGGUGCAGGAUUACAUUGACGGCAUCAACAACCCGGAGUGGAUGAGAGGGAGGAAGCAGAUUUACGAGCCUGGCGGCGACGCGUACGUGCUGCAGGCCAAGUACCGAUUCAGCCUGACGAGGGAGCACGGCAAUGACGAGAAGAAGUUGUCUCGGUAG